GAAAGGAUUCAGAUAUUGAUUCAGCCAUCCCAUAGGAAUUUACAAGACUCGUUCAAGGGGCAGCCAAUCCUGAAAAAGAAAAAUCAGUAUUACUUGAAAGAUUCCAUAAAAAAAGUAAAUAUGGGUUUUGUUCUACAUCUGUUGGCUUGCAUUUUUGGAACCGGAGCUUGGGUUGCCAUUAAUGGUCUUUGGGUAGAACUCCCACUUAUAGUAAAUGAGCUGCCAGAAGGAUGGUACCUCCCAUCUUAUCUCACUGUCCUCAUCCAAAUGGCCAAUGUGGGGCCACUCUUUGUUACACUAAUGCACAAGUUCAAGCCUGGAAAACUAAAUGAAACAUUUGUCAUAUACGCAAUAAUUAGUUUAGGAAUCGUUGCGUUGUUCCUCCUAGGAUUUUUUUGGAGACACACAACAUGGAUAGCGGGACAACUCCAUAGCACAGCAUUCCUCAUCUUAACCUUUUUUUUGUCUCUUGUGGAUUGUACAUCAUCAGUGACGUUCCUGCCAUUCAUGAUGCAGCUCCAGGCACAGUACAUGACUACUUAUUUUAUUGGAGAAGGGCUGAGUGGGUUGAUUCCAGGCUUGUUGUCACUUAUUCAAGGUGUUGGGAUAGUGAGGUGUGUUAAUAUAACUCAAUUUGAGAAUGGGACGCAAGACCUGUCCAACAGGACCUACGGUGAGAAUCAGUUUGAAACAGAGUAUCUUCCUGCUAACUUCUCAAUCCAAGUGUUUCUCUUCCUGUUAUGCAUCAUGAUGAUCUUCUGUUUGGUGGCAUUUGUAUUCUUAAUUAGGCUGUCAAAGAAGGACAGCUUGAACAGGUCCUUGCUACAAAGUGCUCUCACCCUCAAUUCCUACUCAACUUCAGAAAACUUGAGUCAAUCGUGUGACCAAGGAAGCUCAGAAACCAAAACACAUGAUGAACCCCCAAACCAGGACACUAUGCCAGAUAUGGAACUUAAAAAGAACAUGUACUCUUGUGGCCAGUAUGCUCUGCUAUAUCUCCUUACUGCCUGGGUGAAUGCGCUUACCAAUGGUGUGCUCCCAUCCAUACAGACCUACUCGUGCAUGCCCUAUGGGAAUCUGGCAUAUCACCUUUCAGCAGCCCUAGGGUCAAUGGCUAAUCCUUUGGCCUGUUUGAUCGCCAUGUUCUUACCCAGCAGGUCUUUAGUAACCUUGGUGCUGUUGUCUUUGCUUGGGACAGGAUUUGGUGCCUAUAAUAUGAUGACAGCCAUAAUGAGUCCGUGUCCAAUUCUGCAUGACAGUGUAUGGGGUGUGGCUCUUAUUGUAAUAUCAUGGAUCCUCUUUAUUGGGACACUGAGCUACGUUAAAGUUAUGAUUGGGGUAAUCCUACGUAGUCAAAGUCACAGCGCGCUUGUGUGGUGUGGGGCAGUAGUGCAACUGGGCUCCAUGAUUGGUGCUCUGGUCAUGUUCCCACUGGUGAAUGUAUACGGGUUCUUUAAAUCUGCAGACGUUUGUAACACACAAUGUUCAACCUAAAUUCUGUCAAAGUUUGCAAUUUCGGCCUAACUUGUACAUAGUGUUAAAACGAUACAAGUGCCAAUCAUCCAUUUCUACCUCUGGAUAUUUACGAAAUGUUUAAGUAUAUGAGAAGAGAUACGCCAACGUCUCAGCUCACAGAUUAAUUUCUAUUCACAAAUAGUAGCAAAUAUAUUUUAAGGCAUUUUAU